UCCCUUGUGCUCCGUAUGGGUUCCUCCCCUCAGGUCUGGAGCCCGGGCGGGCACACUCUCCAGUCAGUCGGUGACACAGGGCAGUGCAGCAGCGGCCGCCUCCCCCAGGCAUGGCACUGGCCUCUAGCUCACUAUGGCAGCAGUGCGACAAAACACCCUGGACUUCCAGCUCGCUGGCACAGAUCUGCUGAACUGUACAUUACCGGGAUUUCAGCUGGUAAAGCUCUAAAUAGAUCUGCUCCCUGGAGGGAUGCUGACGGAGGUGCCAUUAUCAAGGAGCUGCAUCCUUUGUUUCAAAAACAUGAAAUGACAGAGACUCUACAGAGCUGGGCAGACCAUGGCUACCUGGCCACAUACACGGCUAAAAACGGAAGUUUUGCUACUGUGAGAAUCUAUCCUCAUGGCUUAGUGCUGGUUGAUCUGCAAAGCCUUGAUGAGCCAGACAAGAACGAGUCGGUCAGGCGGCUACUUGACGAGAUGGAGGAGAAAAUGAAAGAAAUUUUGCACAACAGUAUCACACAAGUGAAGAGAUUACCCACUAUUGUCCGGGGAGCAGAGGUUGACAGAUACUGGCCCACGGCUGACGGACGCUUGGUAGAGUACGACAUAGAUGAAAUAAUUUACUGUAAAGAUUCACCUUAUCAGAACAUCAAAAUUUUCCACUCCAAGCAGUUUGGAAACAUUCUCAUCCUCAAUGGAGAUGUUAAUUUAGCAGAGAGUGAUCUAGCAUACACCCAUGCCAUUAUGGGCAGUGGCAAAGAGGACUACUGUGGGAAAGAAGUAUUAAUUCUGGGAGGAGGUGAUGGCGGCAUACUGUACGAACUUGUCAAACUGAAACCAAAGAUGGUUACCAUGGUAGAGAUAGACCAAAUGGUGAUUGAUGGAUGUAGACAACAUAUGCGAAAAACAUGCGGAGAUGUGUUAGACAAUCUGAAAGGUGACUGUUAUGAGGUUCUGGUUGAGGAUUGUGUCCCAGUGUUGAAGAUGUAUGCCAAAGAAGGGCGAACCUUUGAUUAUGUUAUUAAUGACCUUACUGCGGUCCCCAUCUCCACAUCUCCAGAAGAAGAUUCUACAUGGGAAUUCUUAAGACUUAUCUUGGAUCUCUGCAUGAAAGUCCUGAAACAAGAUGGGAAAUACUUCACUCAGGGAAACUGUGUAAACCUGACUGAGGCUCUGACACUCUAUGAAGAACAGCUGAACAUGCUUUAUUGCCCUGUGGAAUUCUCAAAGGAGAUAGUGUGCGUUCCCUCCUACAUGGAGCUAUGGGUGUUUUACAGUGUAUGGAAGAAAAGCAGUUCCUGAGCAUUCUAUAGAUCAAACUCUUCCACGCUGCAUGGAGCAUAUUAGGCUUAGCACCUGCUGCAUGCGGGCAUUGUGAGAACCUUAAGUUAUACUCUGUAGAUAAUCUUAAGAAGGAUUAAUACAAGUGUACGUUAAGAUACUAUUUAAGUUUGACAACAAAAAAAAAAAGAGUGAAUUUGAAAUAAUUUUUCAUGGACUGGUUUGAUGUUACUUUAAUCUAUCGUGUAUUGUGUUACAUGUUUUUUUUUUUCUUCCUUUUAUUGAAAAGUCAGCUUGGAGAUUGUUAGCAAGCUAUAAGCUGCUUAAUGCACUGAACCUAAAGAAUGUGAUUUCGUUUUUUGUUUUUUUUAAGAUUUGUGUGUCAUUAGACCCCUAGUAUUUUCAGCAGGUCUUCAAAUACGUUAUUGUGUAUAUAUUAUCUAUAUACAAGGAGAAAUACUGCCUGUUCUUAUUUAACAAUUUUACUAGAGAUGAGAGAACUUACAGUAAAUUCGAUUCGUCACAAACUUCUUGGCUCGGCA